AUGCCUUCUUUGUCUCAACCACAAACACCGAGUAAACAUCAUUCGCGAGUAGCUGAAGAGAAAUGGACGACAGCGUCCUGCAGUGAAAUCGAUAAAAUUUCGGUGGGGAUCACUUCCAGCUUAACGCCUCUCUUGUCAAUUUCAGAUAGAAAACAAAGACAGCCCAUUACUAAGAGCAAAGUACACACAACUUCGAUCGAAGCGCGAGGCGAUCGCCAAAUUCUUAAAAGAACACAAAAACGAGGAUCUGAGCUUGUACAUCGGUUAGUUCAAAACGGAAAUUUACAAUAGGUUUUCUUUUAGACGAGCUGCGUGACUUGGCAGUUUCGAACGGCGGAUUAGUUGAUGAUGAGUUCCGCGCGAUCAUUUGGCCCAUUCUAGCCGAUAAUUUAUUACAAGCGGAAGAAAAGGGUGGUAGGUGUUAGCUCAGAAUUAUUGAUUCAUUUUGACUGAAGUAUUCAAUUUACUCUUUUUACCAAAUUGAACAAAUAAUAAAGUUUGAGAAGUUUAGACGAUGCUGGCUCGUCGAACGAUUCCGACUUUGAAUCUGCAUUUUCCGAGCUUGAGGAUUCUUCUCUAGAGGUCAAAUUACUAUUUUGUAGCACAAUUUUUGUCUUUUUUUCUGGUUUCAUCGCGAAAACAUGAACGACAUGAAUAUUGAAUACACAUACAUUGUUUUAUUCAUAGGAUGAACAAGAAGCCGAUGAAGACGUUUUGAGACAGCACAAAGAGUGGCAUCAGGUUGGGUUUUCAAAAAAUUUUAUUUUGUCGAAGUUUUUUUAAAACAUGUAUUUCUGUUAGAAAUUAAAUCAUAAUUUGUUAAAUCUGUUCUGAGGAAUUGUUAAGGUGUUUAAAGAGAAGAAAAGGGAAAGGUUUCGAGGCCGUUUUCAGUGUUUUUCUGGGUGACAUAAAUUUCUGUGUGUAUAAACGACUCAACUGGGUUUUUGAACCGAAAAUUCAAUUUUUCAAUUUGAAUAGGUCGAACUGGACGUGAACAGAACUUUGGCGCGUUUCCCACCAAACAUUACCGACGUGCAUCGGACUACCUUGCAGAAGGAGCUGAUCCCCUUGAUUGUGAGGGUUUUGAGGCUCAACCCGCGGUUCAACUACUACCAGGGCGAGUUCUUUCAGUAGGAAAGAGGUUCUCCUCCGUUAAAAAAGAAGGUGCAACGGAUAACUAACAUGUGGGAAGGAGAUACGGCCGGGAACUUUUUAUGAUCUUCUAAUUUUUGAUAGGUUUCACUACAUAUUUAGCUUGUUAACGGCGGGUUUGAGUUAUCGAAAAAAGUUCUUGGGGUAAUUUCAAAAAAAAAAAAUGUCUGGUUGGUGCACCUCAAAAAUGAAGGUAAAAUAUUUACCGCAAUAGUGUCCCAAAAAAGGUCUAAUAAUUUUUUUCACAGUUCCUUAUUAACUUUUGACAAUAGUUUCUUUUUAUUGCGCUGUUUUCUAAAAAUUUUUUUAAACUUUGAAUUUUGAAAGUUUUUUUAAACUUCAGGCUUUCAUGACAUCUGUUUGACCGUGCUUCUUGUUUGUGGAGUGAAGGAUUCGUUUCGAAUUUGUUCAAAUUUGGCGCGAAACGGCGCUUUCAACAAUUACUUGCUCAAAUCGUUAGAAGGAAGUGUGGUUAAAGAGCUUGACUUGAUGUAGGUAAAAAAAAAACGAUUUAUCGAGGAUAGAAAUUUAGGUAUGUGAUAUUGUCGCGAGUAGAGCCGCAAUUGGAAAAAAUGAUGCGAUCCGUCGAGUUGGGCAGCAUUUUCGCGUUGAGCUGGCCUCUCACUUGGUUCAGCCACAGUUUGCAGCACUACCAACAGGUUGGGCACAAUUCUCUCAUUUUGUGAUCAUUUCCCCGUUUCUCAAGCUUCGUCUAAAACUCACUCUCAAAUUGAACUGCUUCGUUAGAUUGACGAUGGCAAAUUAUCCUAUUUAUUUUCAUGAAUUGUACUUCACUAAAACAUAGUCAAAAGAGAUUCCAGCGAACAUCAAAAAACAUUAAAAAAUUGUGACAUUUCAAUUUUGUUUUGAUUGAAAAGGGUAAUUAUCAUUUCAACCGAUUCCCUGCUUGAGUGCCAGGCCAAUUUCAGAUUGUUCGAUUUUUCGACUGUUUCCUCGCGGCUCCUAGGCUGUUGCCGGUCUACGUAGCCUCGACGAUUGUCGUCUUCCGGAAAUCGAGCAUCUUUUCCUGCGAAAGGUCUCCUCCGACCAAUUUAGUCGUUAUCCUUGCGAUCCAGGGAAAUGCCAUUCAUCCACCGUUUGCUCAGCGAAAUGCCUCACGAACUUCCCGUCGACGCGAUUCUCAAAGACGCCGUGUACGUUUAGAGCCAAUCUGUGCGUUUUAAUAGUCUUUUUUGUUCAGAUAUUUGGCCAAGCUUAUGCCUCCAACGCUGUUAAGGACGCACUACUACGAAGAGUAUAGGAAAACGGUGAAAUUCCUUUUUUCCUGGAUGUUAAGUAUGAAAUGAAGGAUCUCGUUUGAAAACAACUAACAUAACGAAAAUUGAUUGCAGGUAGCCGCUCCGCCCCGAAAUCUCAUCACGAAAACAAUACCGAGGUACGCGCUGCAGUUUGUCUUUGUCGCGGGGACCGUUGGCGCGGCCGCCGGAUUCUUUUUCCUCAACAAAUUCCAGAUGUAGCUCGAAUAGUUAACUGAUCAUGUACACUCCUCUCAAAUGCUUUUUCUUGUGCUAAAGUAUUAUGAAGUCAUAAUUUUAUUGUAUGCGGGAUAACUUGCUUCAAUUAGUCAACCUUUGUUUGGAUGCCCUAUCCGCCAUUUACAGAUUCGAUUGUGAAAACUCUCCGAAUUCCACUGAUCUCCAUGAUUCCGAAUGA